GUUUUAUCACAUUAUUAACACAUAUCACGUUGAACGUUCAUCGUUUUUUCUAUAUUACUAUAUUUUUGAAUGUGUCAUAACGUUGAGGAAAGAUUAGAAAGAUUGGUUUGAUUCGCGAUACAAUAUCGCAAAGAUUAUUAGACGGCAGCUGACGCUUGACUUUCGAACAACAGGACAGUGUCUGAUUCGUUAUAAACAAUGUAAAAAGUUUGUUUGAUAGGUGAUUCCCAUUUAUCCCUUUUUCCUUUUCUUUUUUUUUUCCUUUCUUUCUUAUUUUUUUGUUCUUCCUCUUCUUUUUCUACUUAUUGACAAAAUAAUUACGCGAACAUUAUUUCCGGAGUGUACGUAAACACAUUGUGAGUGAUAAAGACAAAAAAGGAAAAUACGUUUUUGACUAAAUGUUUGCUUAUCGCUAUGAUUUCCCAUGUUAAUUGUGCGAUUUUCUGCAUCGAUUCGGCCAGUCCUUUUCAUGUCCAUACAAAUCCAAGACCGUCGAGUGGAAUGUAUUUUAAAUUAAUAAUUUAAAAAAUUCCUUUGAGAAAUCUGCAUUGACGCGAUAUAGUUUCUGAGAAUGAAAUAUGGGAAAAAAGGAAAACAAAAAGAAAAAAGAAGAAAAAGUAGUGGAUCGUCGCUCGAUCGAUCGUACGACUUCGAGUCUAUUUUUAACGAAGCACGUGGAGCACCAAAACGUCACGGAAUCAUUCGCGUGCUUUUUACGAUUCAUGUUAAAAAAGAAAAAUAUGAGGACUAAUGCGAGGACGAGGACGAGGAUGAGGACGAGGACGAUGGCGACAACGAGAACGUGAGAAUGUCGAUUGAGAAUCUUUGACUUGUGACCGGCUUCCCGCGAAGAUCGUCGAUUAAGAUAAGCUUACUUCGUUUACCUCGUGUUGAGUUGACUUUCGUUAUAUAAACUUCUCGGUAUUAACGAGUUAAUUACUAGAUAUAGUUUACUCGAUAAAGAAUAGACAUAUGUACGUAUGUGUGUACAUACGUUCGCUCGUUUAAUACUUAUUGAUAUCAGCUUCGAAUAGCAAACAGUAGAUGCCGCCUGACGAUAGUCAGCCAAGUAGUACAUGUUGAAAUAUAGUUAUCCGAGAGACAAACUAUAUCGUGUUUAUUAUAUACAUGUGUGUGUAUAUGUAUUAAUCAAAAGAAAAUAUAAAUAUUUUAACAUCUCUACGAGUAUACGAAUGUUUAGACAAUCUUUGUCAUACCAUCUCUAUUCAUGCAUUUAUUAAUUUUUAUAAUAUUUAAAAAACAAGGAUGCAAUUCGGACACACACAUUUUCUUAUUAAUGAAAAAGAUUUGCCGUGGAAUAAUUUUUCAUUUUUAUGAGUUUAAGAACAUACUUGUGGACAUAAAAAAAAGUUCUUUCUCUCUUUCUCUUUCUCUCUCUCUCUCUUUCUCUUUCUCUCUCUCUCUCUCUCUCUCUCACUUUCUCUUUCUUUUUUUCUUUAUCUCUUUCUUUUGGUCAUGCAUUUUCAACGAAUUUCAAACGAGGUCGCUCGGAAUAGAAACAUUCGCGUAGGUAAGUACGAACUCACCUUCCAUUCUCUCUCUCUCUCUCUUUCUCUCUUUCUCUCUCACCUGCGAAUCGAUCACCUGAUUCUAAAUUAUUCAGCGUAAAGACCUUUAUGGAAUAAGUAUAUCUGCCGCUGUAUUUACGAUUUCUUCCUGGACCGUUGCAAAAAUGUCAUAGAAAAGGAGAAAAAAAGACGAGAAUUACAAACAGAAAAAAACGAAAAACUUUCUCUACGAACCUUGAUCAAUCUUUUCUUUUUUUCUUAUCGAACAACCUUUUACGAUUUUAUUUAUAACAUCGCAAUAAAUAACUUUGAUUAAAAAAUUUUUCAAAAUUUUACGAUCGAGAGAAGAACGAAACGUUCAAUGAGAGUUCUUUUCAACGAGUAGUAUUAAGAAAAAGAAUGCAAAUAGAUGUAAACGAAUGCAAAAAACUGCACGUACUAUAAUUAUAAACGUUAGCGGAGACACGCGGUACACAUCGAAGAGAGAAAAAGAAAGAGAUAAAGAGAAAUAGAGAGAGAUAGAGAAAGAAAGAGAGGAGAGAGAGAGAGAGAGAGAAAGAGAUAGAUAGAGAGAGAGGAAGAGAGAGAGAGAGAGAGAGAGAGAGAGAAAGAGAUAGAUAGAGAGAGAGGAAAAGAGAGAGAGAGAGAAAGAGAUAGAGAGAGAGGAAGAGAGAGAGAGAGAAUUAAAUAAAGCAAAGGCGCCACACUGUCUGAGCCUGCCGCUCGAUAAACUAGAUUACGUGCUAACGCGCCGAGCUUUUUAUUUUUUUACCCUUUUUCUUCCUUCUGUCUCUCUCACUCUCUCUCUCUUUCUCUCUCUUUAUACCGUGCCCGUCUCAUAUUAUGUCAGCCACCGUUGAGAACGACAUCGCUAAAGAAACUGUGUCGCAACUUUGCUGCACAUACAGAAAAGGAGAUUCGAAGAAAGAAAGCAAAAAAAUAAAAAAGUCAACCAAAGUUUCUAUCAUAAGUAAUGAAAGAUUUACGGCGAACAAAGUUACAACAAUAAGCGAUAACUUAAUCUGGAUUAAAUCGAUUGAACUCUUUCGAAGGAUUUUAUUUUUAGAGGAAAAAGAAAAAAGAAAAUAAAAUAAAAAAAAGAGACAGAAAAAAGAAAGAAAAAUAGGAAAUGUUGGCCAAAACGAUUCGAAUAUCCUCGAAAUUAUCGAAGGAUUCUCGUUAAAAUUAGCGCCAUCUUUGAACGUAUUCCUGCAUAUGCCGUGGCCUCGACAGGACACGUCACUUAUCAUAGUAAAAGAAAAAGAGAGAUGCAGAAACAGAGAGAGAGAGAGAUAGAGAGAGAGCAGUGACGUCAACUGCGGUAACUGAGAAAACGCCGAUGCAGGUCGACGAAACGCAUGCGCGACCCUACGAUCGAUUCUUUCGUUUUCCAGCGCGCACGUCACGCAAACCAGCCGAAAACGGAGACAUAAGCGCGCGGGUGGACUCUUCCUAAAGGGAGGAACGAUAUUGUGUCGGGCAAAAAGUAACGAGAAAUGAUAGAAGAGAGACGUUGAGGUGAAAAGAAAAGAGUUUACCUCGAUGAUUUAGCCGAUCGCUGAACAGAAAGAAAUAUUUCGAAUUGUUCGAGAAGAUCCUUCGAAAGAAAAUAGAAAAUAAUAGAAAAGAAAAAAAAGAAAGAAAACAAACUUACCGAAGAUUCGAAAGGAUUCAAGAAAGAAAUAAGAAGAAAUAAAGAAGAAACGUCGUUGGGUGUUGCUCGAUUAUAAAAUUUUUAAUCGACGGUAUUAGAAUGUAGAACUCAAGGAUCGUUUGAGAUUAGCAUGUAAGCCAUCGAAGUAGAUUGGGGACUGAAGGAUCAUCGAAAUAUCGUUGAAAUUCAGGAGAAAGCCGGCACGAUGCCGAAGCAAGUGCCGGUGGAGAACUUAGUGAUACCACCGCAGGACGGUAGGAUCUGCGGUACUAUCUGUAUAUGUCAGAUGACUGCGGUUUUAUCGUCGGUCGCAUUGGUCUAUCUAACUGUGGCGAUAUACAUGCCAAGUACGCGAGCAUUUCAAUCGGGUAUCAGCGAGGUCCCGGCAAUGUGUACGACGAUUCGAGCCGUCAAUGCUGACAACUGCGAGUGGGGAAGCUGCGGCGAGUGGUGUCUAUCGAAAACAUCCGGUCCUUGCGUACAAAUCCAUGUAAAUCUUCGACGAAACGGUUCGACGAUACUUCUCGCCAAUUGUACGAACACAACGAACAAGACUUGUUACGGUAUAGAUCAGGAAAACGCGAAAAAGUCCAAGUGUAUAGCAGAUGAGUGUCGAAAUCUCACCGGUACGUUUAAUUGUUCAGCAGGGACGUGUAUAAAUAUAACCGACGCGUUCGAGUGUAUGUUUCAUGAUACCGAUCCGCCGUUAAAGUGUUCCGGUAGACGUGGCAAAAUAACUUGUAUCGAUAUAGAUGGUCUUUUUAAUUGCAAUCGCGGUACUUGCGAACGUAUAAGAACGCCUUAUAAUUGCGACCGACGUUGCGUCGACAUACCAACUAGAAAUAAGAACAUGAUACUUCUUAGUGGGGACAAGGUUUAUCUCAGUCAAUGUGAAAGAGCUAUAGAUGUGGAGACCAAUCGAGAAAUAUGGCACGAGGAUCGAGGCGACGUUAUGAUGGCCUCGUGUUAUGGUAUAUUUAAUUCAACCCUUGGCGUUGAGGCUGUCGAUUGUAUUAACGGAUCUGUAUUAGAAAAGGAUCUUCUUACUGAUCUAACCAAUUUCACUUAUCUCUCCUAUUUAAAUAUAUUUGCGACAAAACCCUUGGACGAGACAAGAAUGGUGGCUCCACCCGAACAAGAUCUCAUAAUAGCUAACGAAAGUCGUUUGCUUAUCAAUCUCGAAGGAUGUGUUAACACUCUUCGUGAUGAGUGUAAAGAUUUCCUUCACGAAUAUGGAAAAGAUGGUUCCGAUCACAACGCUAGAGCUAGAUUUCCUUGUUAUUAUGCAGAUGGUAAUACUGGUAUCGUCGUGUCACGUUUUAAUCUCGACACGACUUAUAAAGAAUUCUUGAUCGCUUUUAUACUACCGAGCAUACUCUUCAUCGUCAGCUGUCUCACGCUGAUCUUUUGUCAGCGCACGGUGGUGGUAGGAGACGACGCGAGGAUGAGAUUCAAAGGUUCACCAGGUGCUCUAGCGUCGAUAGAGAAGAGCGCCUCGGGCAACGUAGGGGAUGCUGGCGGAGGAGAUUCCGUUAUGGCGCUCUGAGAUCCGUCACGCAUUCCCCUCCUGGAGGAGAGUCCGGCUCGUCAGUCGAUAUUCUCCCUGCGCGGGCACUAUUGAAGUGUGGGGAGGGGGGGAACGCGUGGUUCAAAUUCUCAUCUCGAAAAUACUUUUAUGAAAAUUUCCAAGAAAAUAAAUAAAAAGGAGAGGGAGCUAAUUGAAGUCCGGUAUCUUCUUUACGCACUGCCCGCAGCACAUUUUUACGCAUUCUACAAGCGCAUUUCUUAUCGCGCAUACUGCAUGCGACGAAAAAGAGAGAAAGAGUGAAAAAAGAGAAAGAGAGAGAGAGAGAGAGA